UUAGAGACCAUCCUGUCCAACCCCUUCAUUAGACAGAUAAAAUGCAUCCUCAGUUAAACAUUAUCUAGUGUUAACUCAACUCCCCAUCCCCCACUGCCAAGGAUGGAGGAAGGAGCAGGAUACAUUUCAGUUUAUUCCAGGGGUAGGAGGAAUUACAGUGCUCAACUAUAACAUGGGGUCAGACCCAGGAAAAAGGAGCACCUCAGAGAAUGCCUUUUGCCCCCUUGAAGGCCACUGAAAAUAUUGGUGGACAGAAGUUGAUGAAGUGUGUUGGAGAUCCAGUUGCAUGGUUGGGCCCUGGAAAUGGGAUGUCAAUCCUAUUCGGGGAGCAUAAAGAAAGAAAGAGAAUCUCCUAGCUGCUGCUGUGACAGUAAGUGAGAUAGAGACUUCAGAAAAUGUCGACGGUAACAUCAGCGAUUCCGGCUCCUCAGGGCCCUGUGAAUCCGCCCCCCCCAGAAGUCACCAACCCCAACAAGCCUGGGAGGAAGACCAAUCAGCUGCAGUACAUGCAGAAUGUUGUGGUGAAAACUUUGUGGAAGCACCAGUUUGCUUGGCCCUUCUAUCAACCAGUAGAUGCAAUUAAAUUGAAUUUACCUGAUUAUCAUAAAAUAAUUAAAAAUCCAAUGGACAUGGGGACUAUUAAGAAGAGACUGGAAAACAAUUAUUAUUGGAGUGCGAGUGAAUGUAUGCAGGAUUUCAACACAAUGUUUACAAAUUGUUAUAUUUAUAACAAGCCCACAGAUGAUAUAGUCCUCAUGGCCCAAGCCCUAGAGAAAAUAUUUCUUCAGAAGGUAGCCCAGAUGCCCCAAGAGGAAGUGGAAUUAUUACCACCAGCUCCUAAGGGCAAAGGUCGAAAACCAGCAGCAGGAGCACAGAGUGCAGGAGCACAGCAAGCGGCAGCCAUGUCCUCUGUUUCCCCACCGACUCCCUUUCAGAAUGUCCCUCCUGCUGUCUCCCAGACACCAGUGAUAGCAGCAACUCCAGUGCCAACCAUCACUGCAAAUGUCCCAUCUGUCACGGUCCCUCCCACUGUGGCCCCACCUCCUCCUGCCACUCCUAUCAUGCCCGUGGUUCCACCAACACCACCCGUAGUGAAGAAAAAGGGAGUGAAGAGAAAAGCAGAUACGACCACGCCGACAACCUCAGCAAUCACCGCCAGCCGGAGUGAGUCGCCCACCCCGCUGUCAGACCCCAAACAGGCCAAGGUGGUCGCCCGACGAGAGAGCGGAGGCCGACCCAUUAAACCACCAAAGAAAGAUCUGGAAGAUGGGGAGGUCCCCCAGCACGCGGGGAAGAAGGGCAAACUCUCUGAGCACCUCAAGUACUGUGACAGCAUCCUCAAAGAGAUGCUUUCUAAGAAACAUGCUGCCUACGCCUGGCCGUUUUACAAGCCUGUGGAUGCAGAGGCUUUGGAACUCCAUGAUUAUCACGAUAUUAUCAAACACCCCAUGGAUCUCAGUACUGUUAAAAAGAAAAUGGACAGCCGAGAGUACCAGGAUGCACAAGGCUUUGCAGCCGACAUACGGUUAAUGUUCUCGAAUUGCUACAAGUACAAUCCUCCGGACCAUGAGGUGGUAGCCAUGGCCAGGAAACUUCAGGACGUGUUUGAGAUGAGGUUUGCAAAAAUGCCUGAUGAACCUGUGGAGGCCCCCCCUCCAGUACCCCCAGCUGCACCUGUUGUCAGUAAAAGCACGGAGAGCAGCCAUAGCAGUGAGGAGAGUUCGUCUGACUCGGACAGCUCAGAUUCUGAAGAAGAACGAGCCACUAGACUGGCAGAACUCCAGGAACAGCUGAAGGCAGUGCAUGAGCAGCUAGCUGCUCUGUCACAGGCUCCCGUGAAUAAACCAAAGAAAAAAAAAGAGAAAAAAGAGAAAGAGAAGAAAAAGAAGGACAAAGAGAAAGAGAAGGAGAAAGAGAAGCACAAAGUGAAGGCCGAGGAGGAGAAAAAAACAAAGGUGGCUCAGCCGACCAAACAAACCCAGCAGAAGAAAGCACCAGCUAAAAAGGCCAACAGUACAACGACAGCAAGCAGGCAACCUAAGAAAGGUGGAAAGCAGGCAUCUGCCUCUUACGACUCAGAUGAAGAGGAAGAGGGUUUGCCGAUGACCUAUGAUGAAAAGCGGCAGCUCAGCCUAGACAUCAACCGGCUGCCCGGGGAGAAACUGGGCCGGGUGGUCCAUAUCAUUCAGUCCCGGGAGCCUUCCCUCAGGGACUCCAAUCCUGAUGAGAUAGAAAUUGAUUUUGAAACUCUGAAACCCACCACUUUGCGAGAACUGGAGAGAUAUGUCAAGUCAUGUUUACAGAAAAAACAAAGAAAACCAUUUUCUGCAACUGGGAAAAAACAAGCAGCAAAAUCUAAAGAAGAGUUAGCUCAGGAAAAGAAGAAAGAGUUAGAAAAGAGACUACAGGAUGUGAGUGGGCAGCUAAAUAACAACAAGAAACCUGCUAAAAAAGAAAAAUCUGGUUCUGCUCCCUCUGGAGGUCCAUCCCGUCUUAGCAGCAGCAGCUCCUCAGAAUCUGGAAGCAGCAGUUCAAGUGGAUCCAGCUCUGACAGCAGUGACUCAGAAUAAACUCUGGACUUUUAAAAAGAAAAAAUGGACAUCGCACACAACAAUAACCCUGCAGUGUUCCCUUCUAUGGUUAAUAUACUACUUUUGUUCCAUGGUGUGCAGGUUUUCUUUUUUGAUUCAGUGUUAUAAAUGAUAUCUUCCAAUUUUUGCUUUAAUAGGUCAAGGAUCUUUUUUUGUGUGUGUGUAUUAGACUUUAUGAAAAAGAAGUUAACUCUGCAUAAAGUCUUUUUAAUCUUGUCUGAAGCUGAUUGCUUGGAGAUAGCAAGAACUUCAUACUAAUGAUAUAUACCCAUAGAAAAAUCUUCAAGAUGUGGUCUAAAAGUUCUUGCAAAAAUCCUUUUUCUUACACCCAACCUGGUCUUCAACCCCAGAAGGAAUUUUUAAGGAAACUUCUGUAAAACGGUACUGUAUCUAAAAGAUGUUAGCUUUGGAAAUAGUCGUUGUAUUUGUUAUUAGCACUAGUAUUCUUAACCUCAAGUCUACAGUGUGAUGAAAAUAUCCAAUGCUAUCAUCUUUUUUUUUUCCCCCAUAAGCACGCUCAUGCGGUGGAUGAUGACAAUGUACCUGUUUUGUGAGAACCAGGGCUGGGUUUAAUCAAAAGGGAGAGAGCUACAGCUCCAAACCUGAGAAUUGAGCGGGUGUGGGGUGGGAGGAUGGGUAAUGGGGUGUGGAUACUGAAUUUUUCAAUCCUUGUGACUAUGGGAGCUCCUAGGAGGGAACACCACUGCUGUGUCAUGCAGAGUGCAGGUUUCCAAACACUGAAACUUUUACCUCAACACAGAAAAAAAAAAAGAAAAGAAAAAAAGGAGACUUUUUUUGUAAGGCUCAGCAAUUUUCUAUGACAGUCCAGCCUAAUGCAUAACCUGCACUGCUGCAGCGCACUCCAUAACCAUUCUCCCUGAUUUCAUGUAUAUAUAAAUACUUUAUUUAUUAACAUCAUUGGUCGUUUUUAAGAAAAAUAACAACAAAGAAACUGCAUAAAAAUAACAGCAGAAAUGCAGACCUUUUUAAAUGAUUUAAACAAAAGAUAAGACUCUGAGACCCUAUUUAAAUAUGUUGGACUUUUAACCUACAGGUGCUACAGUUUCCUGUUGCCUGUGUUGGUGCUCAAUCAUGUUUAUGUACUCUUCUUCUUCUUCUUCUUCAUCUUCUUCCUCUUCUCCCUACUACUACUACUACUUUUUUUUUGGGUUCUUUCUGUACAGAGUUUAGAGACUUACAGGUAUAGGUAACUUCCAGCUGCAGCACAUUUAAAAAAAUUUUUUUUUUUGGUUAGUUUGUUUUUCCUCUUUUUUUCUUUUUUUGGUAUUUGCCACAGGUCUCUUUGGGGCAGUUUUAAAAUAAAUCAAUUUAGGGAACCCCCAGUUAUAUAAUAUAAACUUUGUAAUCUGAGAAAAAAAAUGUAUAGUAAAUCGAAGUCUUGAUUUUUAACUUUUUAUUGUAAAAAAUAAUAAUAAUAAUAAUAUACAGAGUUUAACAGAAGGUUAUGUUUUGUUUUUGUCUAUCCAGCAGGCUGCCACACAGCCUUUAGCACAGGGAUGCCCCAAUUUGCCCAGGUGAGGGUCAGGUGUUGGCAAUGGGCUAAGAAUGAAAGGGUCAUGCCCAGCUUGUAUAAAAGUGGUAGUCCCUGCCCUCCCCUGGCCUUUGGCAUGAUGAUGUGGCCCCCAGAGGCUCCAAGGUCCAGGCUUCUAGCAAUGGAGGCAAGAAAGUCCUGCACCGUGGAGACCCAGGCCCACUCCAGUGCUUCUCUGUGUUUGGAGGAGGUUGUCCCUGGACCCCUUCACAUGCCUCUUUAGGCCCCACUGUCACUCCCUGCUCCAGUGUUUUCACUUUAGCGCAAAAGUUACUGUAUCAAAGCCUAAUUUUCACUUAGCUUCAUGUAAUAAAAUCAGUGAAUUGAGUAUCAGAUGGGAACUGAUGUAUGCCAUUCAGUGGUUGGACUAUUUUUUCAUGGAUCUCUAGGUUAUAUCCACCAGCAUUUCAGUGGAAUCUUCAUAUGAUAUACUAAUUUAGUAAGGAAAACUUAAAAAAAAUCUCCUCUGACUCUCUCAUCUACCCUUAAGUUUUGUCAUACUGUGAUGAGGAAAUGGAUGAAGGAAUAUUGGUUGCUAACUACUGGGUUUUUGGUUUGUUUUGAUGAUGUUUUUUUAAUUAACAUGCAAAAGGGAGUACUGAGCCAGUUUACUAAAACUUUUAUUCACCUUUAUUCUACUAGAAAUAAUUUUUUAGUUUACCAUUUUAUAGUUUUGCCCUGAUUUUAAAAGAUAUUUUAUAAAAAGAUUUAAAAUAUAUAUUUGAACUAUUACUUUGAGGGAAUGAAUAGACAACUAAAUAAAUCUUAAAUAUGGUGUGAUUUGUAACAUCUAUUAAAUACAGAACAAAUCACACAUUGUAGUGUGAAAUAUAUACUGCAAAAAUAUCAAGAGAUAUUGAGAGUAGUGGCUUCUUAUGAGCCCUUAUUUUGUGGCUAUAAUCACUAAUGAACAAAAAAUGAAAAAGUUUCACUUGUGUGAAAAAAUGAGAUGGGGGAAAAAUCUACAUAAUCCUGAAGAUAAGUGAAGGUGAAAAAUUUCAUAGCAUUUCAUUAUCAAUUAGUUUUAAAAGGGUAGGGAUCUCUUCUAAGCUAAUGAAAUUUACUCCUUUAUCCAGAAAGAAUCUGUUGACUUUGUAUUUGCCUCAUGGCAUAGUCAACACAAAAAAUGAAAUUUCAUGGGGCUAUAGUUUUAAAAAUUUAUGUCUUCGCUGUUUCAAACUGCAAAACUGAUUUCACUUUUUUUUUUUCUGGGCGAGGAGAAGAGGGUACCUCCCAACAAACCCAGUAUCAGGUUGUGGGUUAUUUACCAUUUCCUCUGUGGUAAGAAAGACUGCAGUUAUCUAAUUAGAAUCAUUCUAGUACUGAAAACUGUAGACCAAUUUUAAAUUUUCACUUUUGUGGAAAGAUUAUUUUUAAAAGCAGGAUGGGGUCAGGGAGGCACUACAAAAAAAAGCUUUUUAAUAAGGGGUCGAAAAAGGACAUAAAAGCUAUUCUAAAAUAUAAAUAAAACCAUAGAGGCUGUGGGGCAGGCCUUAUAUAGAAUUCAUAAUUUACUUAGAGAAAAUUUCUCACACUGGGCAGCAUUAUCUUGCUUUUAAACUGUAAAGAUACAUUUUUACAGCAUUUACAUCUUUUACAAUUGUUUGGAGAAAAAAGACACAAAACCAACAAUGUAGGAUUUGACACGUACAGUUUUAGCGCUAUUCUGUGAUACUGGCAUAACACUUCCAGAAAGUUUUUCUUUUUUAUAUUUAAAAUGUUACUUUUCUGUAUGAUGUGCAUGCAAGUUUACCGUAACUCUUUUCUUAAACUUUUUAGUGCCGUUUCUAGUAUAUUCCUGUAAAUGUCAGUUACUGAAAAUGAGUCAAUGUAAAGUAGUUUUAGCUUGUUUAUUGCAAUGCUGGCCUCAACACAACUGAAUUUAAAAAAAAAAGGUAGCAAGUACUCUUUGAUGUUACUGGUAAUCAUGGACCCUCCUCCUGGGGCAUUUGUUUUGUUUUCAUAAUAAACAGCAACAAAAAAGUG